GAACCUACAAGUGCUACAACUGGGAGCAGUGGUGCAAAAUCAAGGGCUUCGACCUCAGAAGGCACGCAGGGAAAGUCAACUACCACGUCAUCGCUUGGGAGAAAUGGAAAAGAAGCCAAAGCAGCAACCAGCGCGAGAGUCGGGAACAGGAAAAACAGAGAGAAGAGAAGCCAACGUGUACGACAGAUGGAGAAUCAAGCCCAGACAUGGUCGCAGUCAUCCUGGGAGAAGUGGCUGAGCGGGCCCCUGGAAGACAACGACAACAGAAACCUACAGAGAUCCUGGACACGAAGGAGACGGAAGCACAACUACCAACAAAGGUCAGAGUACCGCCGCCGCCAUCUGCGCGCGUUUCAGAAGAGUUGCUGCUCCAAAGAACGGUGGAAAACAAGAGAGAGCAAAGGCUGCCUUGGGAAGAGUGGGAGAAAGCACAGAAAAGGUACAUCAAGCAAAAGGAAUUGAGGGAAAGGAGCGAGCAAAAGAUGGCGGAAGAAGAAGGGGAAGACACAACAGAAACUGGGAAUAUGGAACGGGCGCAGGCCGAGGCUGCCCCGCCAGCGACUCAGGGAGACACCAACCCGUUGACACCGCUGAUCCCGGGAGAUGAAACACCCGUAGAAGAUGGGAGUGCGACAGAUGAGUUGAACUGUGAAGAAGGACGAACAGGAGAUGCGGAGGCGUGGCACAAGAAUACGAGGCCUGCAGAGCCACCAGGGCCAAGGGAAAAAGACCAGGAGCCGUCGGGCGGAGACUUCCAGCUAAAGAUUGAUCAACUGGCGUAUCUCACGCUCUGGAUGAAGCAAAGCGUGGGGAGUCAACUGGUAGAGUUGGGAGAAUACGAACCUGAGCAGAUGGAGAACAAGGAGAAGGACACCAUCGCGGCAAUCAACGCCCUCACAACCAUGGCAACCAGGUCGAGUGCGCCAUCCUCGGCCAAAGAUGUGGAUAGCCCAGGGGUGGGCAGCGUGGAGACACGAGUGGGACAGGUGAAAGCAGCAUUCACUGAGCGCAUGCAGGAGCAGGUCAACUUGCUAACAGCAAUCACCAACACUCAGAGCCAACACGCGUCAGACCUCAUCAGCCUGCAGCAGAAAGACAAAGCAAACCAGGAGACAUUCACCGACGUCCAGCAGAGACUCACCAAACCGGAAACCGCACCGUCACCCCCGCCCAGAGCCAACUCCAGCACGACAGCAGAGGAAAGGCAACCGGCACUUAUUCUGGGCGGACGGGCGGAUGAUCAAGAUGCAGCAAUUACCCAACAACUUGCCAAAGAUGCCACAGCCAGUCUCCAAUCGGACAUAGACAUGCAAGAUGCAUUUGUGCCAGGAGUUAGGCGGGGAUACCUGGUGGUCCCGUACACAGCCAGGCAACAGGAAUCCGAGGGCAACACGUACACCUUACCCAAGCCAUACAGAAAGUUCGACAAGCCAACCAAACCACCGGCGCAGUCAAUCCAGAUGGCCAAGUCAAGCCAACCCACAGCAAGAUGCCCGUUGGGAUGGCUGGAUGCAGAGACUGUUGGCAACUACACCAAGAAGAGCAAGGAUACCAUCGUGGCGGCGUGGAACACUUUGCUGGAGCCCCUGCUCCAACUGACCAAGACGAGAAACGUGCGCCGCAUCACGCCCCAAGAGGGAUCACGAGAUGCGGCCCUUAGUGACCACGACGCCCUCACGGCUGAAGUCACCACACAGUCCCGCGCGAGCAAGACCAGACAGCCCUUUACGCACCAUCCCAACAAGAGAAUCAAGAUGCUGGGCGCACGCAUUCCCCCACCUCCGCAUGCAGCACACCCUUGGGACAGUCUCACCCAGCUCGCCCUCAACAUCGCAGAAGCAUAUGCCCAAGCCCAGGUUCCAAGAAAGCAGACAGCCCAAAAACCACAGACACAAGCUGGCCUCAGGACAAAUCUCAGCGGACCAGAGAAGGCAGCGCUGGAAGAGGGAGAGGAAACAAUGGGAUCACACCCGAGCAGUCAGGGCAGCAAAAGGCGAUUGGCAAGCGUACAGGCAAAGCAAGGACAGACCACAACAACAAUAACUGCUCUGGGGACAGCGGUUGCUGGCGCACUCACAGUGGGAACACCAGAUGAUUACCCACUUCGAGUCAAUCUUCAAACAACUACCAGAAAAAAAGCGCAGUCGGAGUUCAGCAGAAUGAGGGGCCUGCUCGACAAGCAGCGCAAGCUGUCGCCGUUCCAACCAGUGACCGUGGAUGAGCUAAGCGAGAUACAGGACAAGUGGGGCAAGAUAAAAGCUACGGGAUCCAACGAAGCACUUAGAUUCUUCUUGGCGCAUGACGUCGCAGCAGCCAAGCUAGUAUGGGUGCUGGAUGACGCAUUAUACAAAUGA